AUGAAUAUGCUGGAUGAUGAAGAUGACCAAAGCUUUCACGCUACGCGUGACGGCUACUCCCAUUUGAGCGAUGUCGAAUGGGAUGCGGUUGAACGAAUGGGUUCGACCAUGGGCAUCCAUGCUGUUAGCGUCAUGCUAGAGGCUCUCAAUAGAGAUGCCCAACUUGCUACUAUCGCCAAGUUCAUUCAAAAUGAACUUGACGCAGAGCGCGAGAAAGUAGCCUUGCUUCACCAACAAGGUUCCCAACAAGCGGAGUUGUUGAGAGAACAGGGUGCUCAACAGUUUGAACUGUUGAGACAGCAGCAGGCUGCUGCUGGUGGGUCGAUGCACUCGCGUCGACCCGAGACUUUGAAGAUUGACAUCUCAAAGUAUAGGGGGGUCGAAGAAGACUCCCUCUUGAGAUGGUUCGUCGAAUUGGAUGACGCCAUAAGGGCGCGUCGCAUCGACGACGGGGAUAUGCAAGUUGCAUUUGCCCAGUCAAAUCUGGCAGGACGUGCCAAUACUUGGGCACUGGGGCUCAAGCUGCACGACCCAUAUGCGUUUGGGUCGUUGGAAGUCUUCAAGUCGCGGCUCAGACAAACGUUUGAACCGCCUAGAGCUGAGUUCAGAGCUCGAACCGAACUCUUGAAGCUCAAGCAGGGUAAGCGUGAUGUGCACGCUUACGCUCAACAUAUACGACAUCUCACGAGUUGUAUAAGUUCCAAUCCGGUGGAUGAACACACGUUGGUUUCGGUGUUCAUGCAGGGUCUUGCGGAUGGUCCCGUCAAGACUCACCUGUUCCGGCUUGAACUAGAUUCACUAGAACAAGCCAUUUCAUUGCGGAACAGGAAGACUUCAGUCUGA